AUGGCCGACACAGUCGCAAAGAAAGCGGUGCCUGACCGUGAAGAAGGCGGCCAGUCUCCCAAACCCGAACGCUCGUGGGGUUGCCAGAUGCACGACCUUAUGGGUAAGGGCAAGUUCCACGACAAUAUCGACUGCCAAGAGCUGGAGAAGCACAAUAAAGAGGCCAUUGAGCACUUGGCGUCAAAUCCUAAAGGCGCCAUGGAUGACGAAUUGACGCGCAAGUAUCCGGAGCAUCCGCGUCCUGGGAGGGCUGGGAGCUUGUUCUGA